CGCGGCUACUACCACUACAACGUUGGUUGCCUUUACCACUGCUGCUGCGAUUGCUGCUGAUGUUAUUGCUGCUGCUGACUCCCUCGCCUGACAGGGGAGUUCUCGACCCUGCUAGCUAGCUUCCACCUUCAGCGACACAUGGGUAACUUCAUGAUCACGGUGUAUGGUCCCUGUGUUCUACUUGUGGUUCUCUCUUGGGUUUCCUUCUGGCUGAACAGAGAGGCCACUGCCGACCGUAUCUCCCUAGGCAUCACAACAGUGUUGACCAUGACCUUCCUGGGGCUGGAGGCAAGAACAGAUUUACCCAAAGUACCUUACUCCACUGCCUUGGAUCUCUUCGUGUGGCUUUCCUAUGGAUUCAUCUUCGCUACCAUCAUUGAGUUUGCGUUCGUUCACGUUUUCACCAAGGUCGGAUCUGGGGAGGUGUAUGUGUCUGAGAGCAGCUCUGAGGUCGACUCAGAGGACGAGGAAGAGGACGAGGAGGAAGAGGAAGAAGAGGAGAAGGAGGAACAGGAAGGAGAUACCGAGGCAGCGGCUGUGAGCCUCGGGGUGUCACAGAAGGAGGUGGGACCAUCUAUCGCGGGUCCCAAUGGCUUGAGUACCUCCUCCAGAGCCAACACUCCCCCCUUAAAAGCCACCAAGUCCUUCUUCAGUAGUCUGGCUGGGCUGUGUGGCAGGAGGACCAGCACACAUAAGACCAACCAGACAAAAGAUAUCAAGGAGGCGCGGCAGGCGGUGCACCCCCAACGGAAGAAGGACUUCGAUAUACCACCCCGCCGUUGGAGUCAAAAUCAACGGAACAACAGGAGGAAUCACACUACCAGCAAAAUCCUACAGAUCAACUCCGUUUCUAAUAUAGACGAGGCUUCCCGAAUUCUCUUCCCUCUAUCCUUCCUCUGCAUCAACUUCCUCUAUUGGUACACCUUUCUCUCACACAAUCCUUGGCCUCCUGACUACCUGUAAAUGUCUCCCUAUUUUUUGUAAAUUGGUAUUUGGUGGGUUAAAAUUAUGAAUUCGUUUGGUUCCAGUAGCCUACUGCCGACAGUUGUAAAGACAAACACGCUUUCGAACUAGCUUUUAUUUGGACAUAGGGACAGUGUUUAUUAUUAUUAAAGAUUCGCCGGUAUUCUCCCGGCCCGGGCCUUUUCCAAGUGGUGGCCCGGCCAAGGGACAGUGUUUCGUUCUGUAUAGAGCUUAAAUGUCAUGGUUCACUCUGUAUAGAGUUCUUAUCGAGUUUUGUUUUGCUGUGUGUAAAGCUUUAACAAACCAUAAUUCACUGUGAAAAGCUUAAUCAAGUCAUGAGUCGCUCUGUAGAGCCUUAUCACGUUGUUUCUCUGGGUAGAGCUUUAUCAAGUCAUGUUUCGCUCUGUGUAGAGGUUUAUUGUCAUGUUUCGCUCUGUGUAGAGAGGGUGAAGAAAAAUAGGAAGGUGGAGGAAAGGAGGGAUAGGGGUUGUCUUAGGAAAGGUUGGACGACGGACGUAAAGAACGUUUUGAGUGCAAGGGACUUGGGUAUCCAACAGGCUUGUGUGUAAUCAUGCUAGAGAGGAGUGAAUGGAGGUAAGUGGCUUUCAUGAUUUGAUUUGCUGUUGGAGUGUAAGCAUGGUAACAUUUAUAAAGAGAUUCCGGGAAACCGGUUAGCCGGACUUGAAUCCUGGAGGUGAAAAGUACAGUAAAGGGGAGGAGAGAGAUGUCGAGGUUAGGCCAUCCGAGCUACGAUGUCAGCACACUUCUGGCAAGACAGUGAUUGAAUGAAUGAUGGUGAAAGUGUUUCUUUGUCGAGUCACCCUUCAUAAAAAAAUCACUCCCUGUAGAGGUUUAUCAAGCCUUGAUUCACUUUGUGUAGAGCUUUAUCAAAUUGUUUCGCUCUGUAUAGAAUCUUAUAAAUUUAUGACUCGAUAAAGCUCUAAAGAGAGCGAAACAUCCCAGUAAGAGCUCAUUCUGUCUUCUGGCAACCUGUCUUCUGGCAACUUGUCUUCUGGCAACCUGUCUUCUGGCAACCUGUCUUCUGGCAACUGUCUUCUGGCAACCUGUCUUCUGGCAACUUGUCUUCUGGCAACCUGUCUUCUGGCAACUUGUCUUCUGGCAACCUGUCUUCUGGCAACCUGUCUUCUGGCAACCUGUCUUCUGGCAACCUGU